UAGAGAUAGAGAGAGAGAGAGUCCCAGUGCCCCCCAUAACGAUAGCCGAAUAUCCAAGAAACCGAGCAGCCGAACAGCAAAAGCAGCCACAACAUGUUGCCCAGGAUAACUUUGGUGUUUAUCAUUAUUUGUGGAUAUUUAUUAUUUACGGAUUGCCGCGAAACGGUGCGAUCGAAGCGAGCUAAACGCCCACGGGCCCCAGAACCGGUCAACUUUGAGCCGGAGCCACAGCAAGAUCUGGAGAACGAUGAGAGCGGCAGCCAGGAGAAGGAUCUGCCCGAGAUACCCGAAAACUUUCUGAGUCCAUCGGUGCGCGAGUAUCUGGAGCUGGGAAAAUCCAUUCCGGGUCGUCCCGGGGUCGACUAUCCCAUCCUGUCGGCGGUGCCCUACACGAACUUCUACUGCGACGAGCAGGAGUAUCCCGGAUUCUUUGCCGACAUGGAGACCCGCUGCCAGGGCUGGCACUACUGCGACAUUGAUGGACGCCAGGCCUCCUUCCUCUGCCCCAAUGGCACUCAGUUCUCGCAGGCCGUCUUCGUCUGCGACUGGUGGUUCAACGUGCGCUGCGAUCUCUCGCCCCGGCUGUACGCCAUUAAUGCCCGGCUCUAUCAGCGCCCCAAGGUGAACCCCACGCGGCCGCAUCGCAUCAUCACCAAGCAGCUGGUCGAAGAUAUAUUCACCUAGGCACCAACCACCCACCCACCCAGCAGCAUUCCUUUCCAUAGACUUAGUUUGCCGAUGCCUAUUAGAUUAUAGAGUAGGUCUCCAUUUAGUUAAUGCCUUAGGCUAAGUUUGAGUUUAAUGUUUUGUAUCUUUUGCAUGAAUUUAGGCUCAUAUAUAUUUAAGAUCUGAUUAGAUAUAGUUUUUGCGCUUUUGUACAGAAUCCACUCUCAUUUAAGACUCUACAAGUCAACGAAUUAAUUCUUUAUUUUGACAUCUCAUAUCCACAAAUUAAAGAGUUUUCAUUCCAUUAGGAAUUCCUAAGCAGCGCAUCUUUGACAAUCGUAUGAAAUAUAUAGCUUUCUCCAUCUGUUCAUCAGCUUUUUCCCCCAAAUGGUUCUAUAAAUCUCUUUACGUGUAGCAUCUGUAUAUUUUAGUUUAACGUUUGCAGGCAUUCCUAAGCUAAGUUGCAUUUUCUAGCUGAAGUUUCCUUUGUUAAAUAUUACCACUAGGAUUGUACAUAUUUUAAGAUUCCUAAAAACCAAUUUAAAUAAAGAUUAUUGCUAA